AUGCGUCGUCACUUCAAACGAAAUCGCGUCAUCGUAGGCGGUAUCGAUCAACAAUGGCAAAUGGAUCUGGCAGACAUGCAGUCCAUGCAAAAAUUUAACGACGGGUAUCGUUACCUGCUCGUGUGCAUCGAUGUCUUUUCGAAAUAUGCAUGGGUAGUCCCGUUGAAAAACAAAACGGGUCCAACGCUGGUCGAGGCUUUCAAAGUGAUUUUGUCGUCUGGGCGCAAACACGAAAAGAUCAUGACCGAUCAAGGAACAGAGUUUUUAAACAAACAUUUUCGAGCGUUGAUGAAAGAAGAAGAAAUCGAACUGUACAACACGUACAACGAAACAAAAGCUUCUAUCGUGGAACGUCUGAUUCGUACUCUGAAGACCAAAAUGUGGCGUUAUUUUACCCCCCGAAAAACCAUGAGAUACGUGGACAUGUUACCCGAUUUGGUUUAUUCUUACAAUCAUAGUGUUCACCGUAGCAUAAAGACAAAACCCGCGGAAGUAACUGUUGAAAACGAAAGUAAAAGUGUGGCACACUCUGUAUGA